AGGCCUACCUAACCACAGAACAUCCGAAAGGGCGGAGAUUUUGUGUACCUAACCUCACCAAUUUCACUUCCUGUCAGUGGUAACUAAUUUUGAAAGUUACAAAUAAAGUUCGAGUUUAAUACUUAUUAUUUUACUUUUUUGAGUAUAAAUGAUUCCAAAUUGAAGCUAAAUAUUAUGGCUCUGAAUCGUCUUGGUGGGUUAUGGCUAUGUUCCACAAAGUCUACUUUACUGCACAAUAAUCCACCAUUUAAAUUCGCGAAAGCAGCCAGAAGCUUUCGAAAGGUUCGAAGCAAUGUUAAGCGGCAACAAGAACUCAAAAUCAAUUCUGAUAGUUUAGAAACCCCCUUCAGCAAUCUACAUGUCGAGUCUGGAGACUUAAGUGUUGGGAAACUAUGGAAGCCCUUCCUUUUUACAAUUGGGUUUUCAGGCGCCACUUUUGUUGGUUGUGCCAUAUGGGAAUAUGAGCAUCUCAGAGCUCAUGCAUCGAAAAUGCUGAAAAAACCCAUCAGAUUCUUUAGAAAGCAAGAGGAAUUUGGAGUUGAUAGAUCAAAUCAGCUUACAAAAGAACUGAACAAAUGGUGGAACUCUCUGACUCCCGGACAAAAAGUGUUUGCACCAAUUUGCGCACUGAAUCUGCUGGUGUUUGCAGCAAUGCGAAUACCCAGACUGCAGCCUUUUAUGUUGAACUAUUUUACUUCAAAUCCGGGCAGCCCACACCAGUGUUUACCGAUGAUUUUGUCCACCUUCAGUCACUAUUCAGGAUUCCAUUUAUUAGCGAACAUGUAUGUGCUUCACAGCUUUAGUACCGGCGCAGUUCAAAGUCUCGGCAAAGAGCAAUUCCUUGGGCUCUACCUGAGCGCUGGAGUGAUAUCUAGUUUUACAAGUUAUCUAUAUAAAAUACUAAGGAAGCAACCUGGGCUAUCUUUAGGAGCGUCGGGCUCCAUUAUGGCAAUAUUGGCGUAUGUUUGCGUACAAUACCCAGAAACUAAGCUAGGGAUAAUCCUGCUGCCUUUCUUCACAUUUUCUGCAGGGACGGCUAUCAAAUUUAUUGUGGGAUUGGAUACAGCCGGAGUGCUGAUGGGCUGGAAAUUCUUUGAUCAUGCUGCACAUUUAGGAGGAGCUGCAACUGGAGUCGGUUGGGCCUUGUGGGGCAACCAAAACAUCUGGCCGCAAAGGGAGCCAGUGUUGAAAUACUGGCAUCAAUUGAGAGGGUCGAUUAAAUGAUUGAGCACCACCAAUUGGAACAAGCAACAAUAUUUAUUGUGUGUAAAGAAUAUUGUUUAUAAUUAUUGAUAUUAAAUAUUUACUUUAAAAUCAAACAGUGCAAGCGUAAGAAGGAUUCAAGUGCAUGAGAGUUAUUUCAAAUGCUGGGCAUGAUAGCCGAUAUGCUCCCCAAUAAAUGACGCUAUGUAGAAAUAGCUGUGAUUGUAA